GAAGGAAAGUGAAAGUCGUCGAUAACAGUGUUGUUACUGCUACUUCCUCCCCCACCGCCACCGCCACCUCCUCCGCCUACUAUUGCAGUUGUUGAUAUCGAUGAAUUUGCCGAAACUACUCCAUGGGAUCUCGAGAAGAUGUUCGAUUAUGGCUUUGCCGUAUUGUGGCAAUUGUUAUGAUGGUGUUUGCGGCGGUUGGCAUUGAGGUGGGAAGGAGUGAGACAAAUUCUGGUUUCAAGAAAUAUCUUAUGACAUCAUAUUUUGAAAAAUAUGAAAGCUUGGUUGAUUCAAAUUUUCAAGAUUUCUUAGGACAUGUACUUCAUUCUGGUUUGUGUGAAGUGCUGCCAGAUAAUCUGAGACCUGUUUCAAAGCAUUCAGUUCUACAACGCCAUUUGAUUGGUGAAGGUUCUCAUCGUCAUCUAUCAUCAUCUAUCAGAUUUGACAUUGACCCAAAGUCCAUAGCUCAGCUACCCAUUAACUAUUGUGAGGUUUUAGUAGUUGAAAGACUACCCGCUGGAGUAUUUGCCGACCCAUUUGAGCUACAACAUCUUCAGCAGCGUGGUGUUUUUACAGAUAUAGCUGUUUUUGGAGAUACGAACUUGGAAUUGCCUUCAUUUCGUUCCAAUCAGUCUGCAGUUGAAAUCCACAUGAAUGUCGAUCCCAAUAUCUUUCAGGAAAAAGCACUGGAAAUCAAACUACAGCUACCAUUGCAUGCACGGUAUCAGCCCUUAGAUGAAAGUGGCUAUUCAAGAAUCAAAUUUAGUGAUCCUGAUUUAUUCAUGCGCUGCUGCAUUAAAGGAAAGCUGCAAAAUCAGAGCUGUUUAUUUAUCUCAACCACUGACCAUGCUGAAUCUAAAACCGAAGCUGCUGUGUGGAGAAUACCUUCUGGGAUUAAGGCACACUCAGAGAUUGUAUCUGUUGUUACUUUCAUUUCAGCCAUUUUAUCGACUCUUGCAAUUGUAUGGGCAUCCAUAUUUUGUUCAGACAUUAAGCCCGGGAAAAGCUCCAAACAAUCUUGAUCACUUAAAUAUACUAUUUUUGCCCUUAGAUAAAAGAGUUUAACCUUCA